CGACUCCCCCACGUUGACAUGAUGUCCUCAAACUCUAUUUGGCAGCGAAAGAUAAUCCCUUCUUCACAUCCAACCAAUGCCGAAAGGCCUCCGAUGAUUCGCAAGUGCCGUCAUCCAAGAAUGGGAAUUUGGCAGUGCAUUGCCCCUCUUUCGAAGCGCCAAACGGCGAGGAAAUCCCGAGAUACGGCCCCUCCACUCCAACGCAGAUGAGCCCCUCAUCCAUAUGAGCACCAUUCGAUCAAAGACUCAGCUACCCCCUAACUCCUAACCCUCCGGCUCCCCUCAUCUCGCUCUCCAAUCCGCAACUUCCUCUUUUAAGCUUCUGCAUUUCCCCGGCAAGAAAAGUAGACAUCAAGGUGCUCUUCUUACCACUAUUUUCCAUCCCAUCCAUCCCAUUCCGAAAAGCAUAAAGCGCUGCUACGGCACUAGCGAGCAAUGUCGACCGUCGGAAAGGUAUGCUUGCCUUUUUACCCCUCCCGAGAGAGCUGGGCGGGUUGGACCUACGUCACGGAAGCUAAUUGAAUCACAGACAAUCACCUGCAAGGUUCGUAAAGUCCACGGAAGUGAUUUAUAUGACAUUUCCCAACGAAGAGAGCGAUGAUGAGAAGAUAAUAACAAGUUUGAAAAGGCGGCGGUUGCAUGGGAAGCAGGAAAGGAUUUGACCAUCGAGGACAUCGAGGUUGCACCACCACAAGCAAACGAAGUCCGAAUCGAAAUCCACUACACAGGAGUUUGUCACACGGGUAUGAAUACAACUGUCUUUCUAGAUGUCGUAGAAGGAAAAGAGCUCAGGCGGCUGAUCAGUUACUGCAGAUGCAUACACACUCUCAGGCAAGGAUCCUGAGGGAGCUUUCCCCAUCGUCCUGGGUCAUGAGGGUGCUGGAAUCGUGGAGUCCGUCGGAGAGGGCGUUACAUCUGUUAAACCAGGAGACUACGUCGUAGCACUCUAGUAAGAUAACAUUCUUUCUGUUCCCUGGCUCCUCUUCUUCCAUCCUUAAACUCAUCCAACUCACACGAUAUUAAAAAAACAGCACACCCGAAUGCAAAGAAUGCAAGUUCUGCAAGUCCGGCAAGACCAACCUUUGUGGUAAGAUCAGAGCCACACAAGGAAGGGGAGUCAUGCCCGAUGGCACGUCGAGAUUCAAGUGCAAGGGCAAGGAUCUCUUGCAUUUCAUGGGCACCUCGACCUUUUCUCAAUACACCGUCGUGGCAGAUAUCUCGGUGGUGGCCAUCACCAAAGAUGCACCCAUGGAUCGAACCUGUCUCCUUGGAUGCGGAAUCACCACUGGUUACGGUGCGGCAGUUGAAACGGCCAAGGUCGAGGAGGGCUCAACCGUUGCUGUCUUUGGAGCUGGAUGUGUCGGUCUCUCAGUCGUCCAAGGAGCUGUGAUGCGAAAGGCUGGAAAGAUUAUUGUCGUCGACCUCAAUCCCAACAAGAAGGAUUGGGCUGACAGGUUUGGUGCCACGGACUUUGUGAACCCCGCUGAUCUGAAGGGCCAGACCAUUCAAGAGAAGCUGAUUGAGAUGACUGAUGGAGGAUGCGAUUAUACCUUUGAUUGCACGGGCAAUGUUGGCGUGAUGCGCGCAGCAUUGGAGGCUUGCCACAAGGGUUGGGGCCAGAGUAUCGUUAUUGGUGUUGCUGCUGCUGGACAGGAGAUUUCUACCCGCCGUUUGUUCCCCCUCAUUGUAUCCGCUUUCCAAAUCCAAAUCAAUACUGACUUUAGCCGCAGCAUUCCAACUGGUGACGGGCCGAGUCUGGAAAGGUUGCGCCUUUGGUGGUAUCAAAGGUCGUACACAACUUCCCGAUUUGGUCGAUGACUACAUGAAGGGUAAGCUCAAGGUGGACGAGUUCAUAACCCACCGCAAGAACUUGGACGGGAUCAACAGUGCCUUCGAGACGAUGAAGCAGGGUGAUUGCAUCCGUUGCGUCGUCGACAUGAAGAAAUGAAGGUGCGCACGGCUUUGAGUCUACGGGCUUGUCUCAGAGGCUGGGUAAGUAGCAAUACAUACCAUCCCAGGUUAGACAAUACUAAAUAAAAACAAAAAGUUACAAAUGAUAUAUAUAUAUAUAUGGGUCUAAGUCCGCUUUGGAAAUGGGUUAAUGAAGUCAUGUUGAAAUUGUAUAUGAGGGCGAUAUAUAGGGAAUAGGAAUUGUUUAAUAGUAAUACUUUUAUUGGCAUGACAUGAAACAAGACUUUGGAGUGGAA